UCAUUCAGUUUCAACACGAAAGUUUGUGCAACGCUGGAGGUUUUUACAAAAUUUUCCUGUAUUUUGGUGAAAAUUUCUUUCAAAUAGCAUCAUGAAAGGCUUUUUGGAAGCGAUUGAUUGAACGCGAACCUAAAGGAAGUGUCGUAGCGCGUAGAACGACGUCAGUAAUCGUCGAUCACAUACUUCGAGAUAGAGAGCGAUUGUGUUCAUGUUCGAAACAGCGCUAUCAAUUGAGACGACCGUGGAAAAUAGGAAACAAGAAAUCUCAUUUAUGAGUCACUAACAUCCGAUUAUCAGUGCUACAAAGCAACGUGAAAAUGUCAUCCACGAGCAGAGAAAAUGUCGAUUUGGAAUGCUUCCUAGUCACCAAGCACUCAUGGAAAGGAAAAUACAAACGAAUCUUCUCGAUCGGUUCCAAUGGCAUUUCGACGUACAACCCGGAAAAAUUCGAUCCGACCAACCGGUGGCAAUACAAUGAGAUCGUUAGCGUGUUGCCAAACAAAUCUGGAAACACUGCCUGCGAGUUUGUGCUGAAUUUGCGCAAGGAUAAAAAAGUUGACACUAUUCGACUUUCCUCUGAGUAUCGAAAUGAAAUUCUUACCUCACUUCUUAAGUUCUACAAGGAGUUUUCAGAAAAGCCAAAGCAUAUUCUGGAUAAUGUAGAAUAUCCUACUGAGUCCUUUCAAAGUACAAGUUCAUCGUCCUUGAACUCUACUACGAAUUCCAGUUCAUUGGCUUCGUCCCCCUCGUGGGAAUCUAGUAUUAGGCUAAAUAGUUGGAUUAGGAUCUUAGUGUCGACGCUGCUACUGCAACCAAGCGUCAGCAAAUGCUUGCCGUACUAUGAGCUCGUGUCUCAAAAAUUCGACGCCUUCAAACAUCAUUGGUCGGGCACUACUCUGCCGGCUGUAUUGGAGGUGACUCCCAGUUCCUUAGAUCAACUAGACCCGACCACAAAUACGGUGUUGGCCAGCUACAACUACAAAGACAUCGAUAAUAUCGUUGGCAUUCAAGAUUACAAAGAUGGAAUCGUCAUUGCUUAUGGUGGCAACAAACGAUUACACCUGUUCCGGGUGGCCAACCAUCACGAUGUAGUGCAGAUGAUGGUCAACAACGCCCAACAGUACGUGGGCAUCGAUGUUAAGGUUUCGAAAAAUCUUAUUACGUUGGAUCAGUUCGAACGAGAGAGAUUCGGCGCAUUCAGUGGUGAUCAGUAUCAGACUUCGUUGUCUGAGUUCAUUAUUCAGAAGAUCACCCCACGACACUCGGAACCAAUGCGACGAAUACUGUGCUUAACUGAUAUCACCAUACUAGAACGAGAUCCUCAAACUUACAGUGUUUGUACUCUGAGACCUUUGAUUGAAAUAUUUGCACUUAUCCGUUGUGAUGAUAAUAUUCAACAGUUUUCAAUCGAGUAUAAGAACGGCUUAACAAGAUCAUAUCUGACCAAUGAUCGUGAUUCCCUGCUUGCCACGUUGUUGGACGCAGUUCGUUCCUGUGGCAAUCAAGAUGUUCACGUGCGCAUCUCAAAGACUCCUCGAGGAAAGCGUGUCGGUCCUUUGACUGCUUCCGUGGACGAAGAAACGGAAGCAAAUCUGCUACGUUACAUCAUUAGUUGCUAUCAAUAUCCAGUGAAACGGUUCGACGUCUUGGAACGAUUCAAUGCUAACAUUCCGUACAGUGGACUGAAUUACAGUGUUACGCAGGAUAGUUUAUUUUCUGAGAAUAAGGAGCGAUUGAUAACGGGAGCAUUACAGGCAUUGGUCGGUGGUGGGGCGAAGGAAGAUAUGAAUCAGCUGAACAAUGUUGAACUGGAAGCAUCGUUUCAUGUUUUGCGUCGAUUAUUGGCAAGCAAAGUGGGAUUUGCUGCGUUUACCAAUCAGCAGGGAUUCCGCGAGUCAAUUGGAUUGCGAGUUGUGCAUGCUCUGAAAAGGAACAAUCUAGCUGUGACAUAUGCAGCCAUCGAUAUGAUCAAUUCGCUCAUGCAUCCCAUGCAUACGGAAUAUGACCUAAAACAAGAGCAACUGAACAAAUCAUCGUUACUGCAUUCGAAAAGUUUCUUGGAGCAAUUACUCGAUAUGUGGACGAAACACGUUAACUUGGGAUCUGGAGCGCUUGUCCUAUCAGCCAUGUUGGAUUUUCUAACGUUCGCACUGUGUGUACCGUACAGCGAAACAACGGAAGGGAAACAAUUUGACAUGCUACUUGAAAUGGUGGCAACCCGCGGCCGUACGCUCUACAAGAUGUUCCAACAUCCAUCGUUGGCUAUCGUCAAGGGCAGUGGGUUGGUGAUGAGAGCACUGAUCGAAGAAGGAGAUACAGCAAUUUCGAACCAAAUGCAAACCCUUGCUUUAGACGAGGCGGCACUGUGCCAUCACCUGCUGGUAGCGUUAUAUACUCCGGUUCACGAUUCCACGAUGGCAAUCCAUCGGCAGCUUUCGAGACAUCUGGUGGGACUAUGGAUAACGGACCAUAAAGAGGCAAUGUAUUUGCUCAAAAGGAUAUUCCCUGCAGGAUUACUAUCGUUCUUGGAAAGCGAAGACCCUGUACCAAAGGAAGACACCGAGGAGGACAAGCUAAACUUUCGCGAUAAUCUUAAACUAGCGGUGCAACAUUCCAGUAGAAACAAACGUUUGAACUAUUUGAUAGAGAAACAUCUAGAAGGGAUAAAGCAUUGGGGUCUGAAUCUGAUGGAUCGUCAGGAAAAGGUCCAGCAGACCAUGAAAAAUCGUCCGAUCGUAUUGCGCAAUCGACGGCAGAAAAAGAAGACUGGUGAAGAAGUCAUCAAUUUGCCAUUGUUUUUCUAUCAAUUCAACAAAAACCACGCAAUGCCUAACUUGAUUUGGAAUCACAAGACCCGAGAAGAGCUUCGUUCUUCGCUGGAGAAUGAGAUACGACAGUUCAACGCAGAUAAGGAUCUUGCCGGUAAUAUGCUGGUAGCGUGGAACUACGAAGAAUUUGAAGUGCACUACCAGUGCUUGGCCGAUGAGAUUAAAAUUGGAGACUAUUACAUACGAUUACUGCUGGAACGGGAUGACUGGCCGCAGAAUUUGGUGAAAAAUCCAAUCGAGCUAUUCAAUGCUCUCUAUCGGAGAGUUUUAUGUCGUAAUAGACUGAACGAUGAUCAACUUACAGUAACAUCGCUGCAAGCUCUAGCUAAAGUGUACAGAAGGUAUUACGAAGAAAUUGGAUAUUUCAGCGAUAUGCCGUACAUCCUUCAAAUGUUGGAUCGGUGUCUAUCGCCUGCUUUGCGAGAUGCAUUGAUUGGCUUAAUAAAGAAUCUAGUGCUUCACAAAUCCAACUGCCGUCCACUGGUAGAUCAUGUCAAUUGUUUAGUAGAUCUGGUGACGCUAGCACAUUUGCACACGGGUCGUGCAAUGCCCAACACCAAAACGAAUGUCAUAGAAGCAGGUCCUAACAUGAAGCUGCACGAAGAGAAAGAUUGGUACUAUAACGUAGAGCGUGAGAAUGAAAAACCUGAACGAUGCGGUCCGGUUACAUUCUCUGAACUGAAAGAGCUGUGGAACAAAGGUAUAUUAACACCCAGAACACGUUGUUGGGCCGUUGGAAUGGACGGAUGGCGCUCGUUGCAACAAAUCCCUCAACUAAAGUGGUGUUUGAUGGCCAAAGGCUCGCCACUUUAUAACGAAACCGAACUGGCCCAACAUGUCCUAGACAUACUGAUCAAAUGCACGAGCUUCUUCCCCAGCCGAGCGCGGAAUGGCGAAGCAGUGCUCAUCCCGGGGCCACGACUUUCUCGAAAAUUGUCAGAAUUUAUCUGCCUGCCACACAUUGUCCAGGUGUGCUUGACUCACGAUCCCGGCUUGCUAGAGCGCGUUGCAACACUUUUGUGCCAGAUCAUGGAAGAUAACCCAGAGAUGUCUAAAGUUUAUCUCACAGGAGUAUUCUAUUUCAUGCUCAUGUAUACGGGUAGCAAUAUACUUCCGAUUGCAAAGUUCCUCAAAAUGACUCACAUGAAGCAAGCAUUCCGCAGCGAGGAAACCAGCUCUCAGUCGGGCAUUAUGCAUCGCAGUAUUCUCGGCCAGCUGCUACCGGAAGCCAUGGUUUGCUUCCUGGAAAACCAUAGCGCCGAAAAGUUUGCCGAAACCUUCCUCGGGGAGUUCGAUACACCGGAAGUAAUUUGGAGCUCAGAGAUGCGAAGAAUGUUAAUCGAGAAGAUUUCCGCCCACAUUGCCGAUUUCACGCCAAAACUGAAAGGACACACCAUGGCCCGGUAUCCGUAUCUCGCAAUUCCUGUCAUCAGUUAUCCUCAGCUAGAGAAUGAAUUGUUCUGUCACAUAUUCUAUCUGCGCCAUCUGUGUGACAUAAGGAAAUUUCACAACUGGCCUAUUCCUGAUCCGGUUCAAUUAUUGAAACAUACGUUGGAUGCCUGGCGCAAGGAAGUCGAAAAGAAACCUUCUCAAAUGACAGUGACACAAGCCUACGAGGAUCUUGGGAUUGAUCUGGCUAAGUUCCCCCAACCGGAUGAAUCCGUUAUUCGCAAGAGUUACUAUCGGUUGGCGCAAAUGUAUCAUCCGGAUAAGAAUCCGAAAGGAAGGGAAAUCUUCGAACGCGUCAAUCGGGCCUAUGAAUUUCUGUGCUCGCGUCGGGGCAAUACAGAUGGUCCUAAUCCAUGCAAUAUCGUGCUUAUCCUUCGUACGCAAAGUAUUCUGUUUGAUCGGUAUGCUGACGUGCUGCGACCGUACAAAUAUGCUGGGUAUCCGCAAUUAAUAAAAACCAUUUGGCUGGAAACGAAAGACGAACAGUUGUUCUCCAAGACGGUGCCUCUGCUUAGCGCCGCUUCCGAACUAUGUUACCACACUGUACACUGCUCUGCCUUGAAUGCAGAAGAACUUCGUCGCGAGGAAGGUAUAGAGGCAUUGCUUGAAGCAUAUUCUAGAUGUGUUUCGAUCAUGGGUGUCGAUUCGCUGAGGGAUUCGCUCCAUUAUGAAGUUAUUUCAAACAUAACUCGCUGUUUCGAGGUGGCAUGCCGGUUCGAGAAUUGCAGGAAGAAGAUUCUUGAGCUGCCCCAGCUGAUCGUCGAUGUCUGCAGAGUGGUUUAUUUCAAACACUCACUCUCGGUCAGCCUAGUCACGAGCCUAGCGGCCAACAACUACGACUUGCAGUGUAAUCUCGUGCGUAACGGUGUUUUGUGGUCUCUGAUGAUUUUCAUGUUCGACUACGAUUACACAUUGGAUGAAAGUGGCGUAUCAACAGACGAGCAAUCAAACAAUCAACAAGUUUCAAACAAUCUAGCAAAAUUAUCUCUUUUGGCUUGCGUUUCUUUGGCCGGUUAUCAAAUGACACUUUUGGACGAUCCAAAACAGUCGACUGUAAAGUCAGUCCCCAAAUCGGAUCCCACCUCACGAAGUGAUUCUCCACAGCAAUCGUUAGCUAUAAGAAGCAACUCCCUGACCCAGUCACAAACUUACUCACAGAACGCAUCUAAUCUCAUACAGAACAACUCCAGUUUGAUUCAAACGGCUGCCAUCAUCGAUCGUACCUUGCAAGAAAAGUCUGAAUCUCAACCGUUGGAAACGGUUGAGCUUUCGGACUGUGAGAAAGGAUUGAACAAUAAGAAAUACAAAAUAUCUACCGUUGAUCCUGCCAAUGUUAUGGUCAAAAAAAUGCUUGACCAAAUGUUGACGGCUUUCGUGGCAAAUAAAAUGGUUUCUGACAAAGAAACCGAGGUUCUAAAGCUACUCAAUUCAAACACAAGAAAUCCAUAUCUAAUCUGGGACAAUGGUACGCGAGCCCAGUUGUUAGAUUUCCUCGAAUUUCAGCGUACCAAUGCAUCCAAAGAACAAUACGAAGACGUCGCAGACAUUCACGAAAUAGUGAAAGCAUUCUCGUUCGAUGCUCAUAGGGACGAAUUGAAGAUUGGCGGCAUAUUCAUUCGCAUUUACAAUGAAAUGCCCACGUUCCCGAUCAUCAAUCCGAAGACGUUCGUGAUCGAUCUGCUGGAAUUCCUCAAACAGGCUUACAACCAUCUGUCCGCCAAAAACGUCAAACCCUUACCACCUCCACCAGGUGGCAACACCGUCAAUAGUCAAGGUAUUCUCAUUCCCACUAAAACAUGGAAACCAUUAGUUCCCACCAAGAGCAAUCCAGUGAACAGUAAUAUCAUCAACAAUAAUAAUACAGGUGGCCCACAACAGAAACAACCGGACAUCACCGCCGUUCUAAGUGAGUAUAGCCGCGCAAGACAACGAAAUCAUCUGACCAGUUCGGGCUCGGUUCCUUCAGACGAUGCUUCAAAAUCGUACGACAUUGCUACAAAUCCCAAUGCAAUCAAUCACAUUGUGAUGGCCAUGAAGGCUUUGAUUGCCGUCAUAAAAUCGAACACCAAUGUCGAAAUUCAAUGCAUUGGGCACUUUGAAAUGCUUUUCGGAUUUCUUUCGUCCAGUUUGUGCGAUCGUGAUAAAAUACUCAAAUCUCUGGCACUGGAAAUUGUUUGUCUAGUGUCUCGAAACAAAGAAUGCGUUACGGAAAUCUCGGCUUGUGAGAUAUUCGGGUUGUACUUGGUUGCCUUGAAGGAUAAGGAUCUACGCGAUAUGCAACUCAAAGUGCUGGAGACGCUUUCAGGACUGCUCAACGUUCCCAGGAUGAUCAAGGAAGGACAUUUGAAAGGAGCUGUGAUUUAUUUGCUAGAUCUAUUCUGUAACUCCAACAAUCCGCAGAUUCGAGAAAGUUGUGCAGAACUUCUAUCGAAGAUGAAUGCCGAUAAACUCAGCGGGCCAAAGAUUCGCAUUACGAUGUGUAAAUAUUUACCAUCAGUAUUUCUCGACGCGAUGAUCGAUUCACCCUCGGUGGCCGUUCAAAUGUAUGAAUCCACCCACGAACACCCGGAACUGAUCUGGAACGAUCGGAUACGAAGCAGUGUGUCGGAUGCCGUGCAUGACAUGGCAGACAGCUUCUUCGUUCAACAAAAGCAGAAUUCGAAAACGUUAUGGCGAGAUCCUGAAGUGCUGCCCGAUAUCUGCUCCAACGAGUUGGUAGUUUCUGGAGUAUAUUUGAGAUUAUACAUUUCGAAUCCAGGUUGGACACUUCGCAAGCCAAAGCAGUUCCUCGCAGAUUUAUUGGAUUUCAUCGUUGACAACAUUAGUCGGAAUGGUGUGGAUAAGAAUAUCCUGGAGAUUUCAACGACUGCCCUUGUUUUACUACUGAACGCUCAGCCGAAUCUUGCAGAUUCUGUUCCAGUAUUGGGUCACAUACCGAAAUUCUUCCGUCAAUUAUCGGUUCAACCGAAGAGCGCUCUCACUGUACUACACCAGUUGUCACUUUCUGAUAUAUGUGUAAGUGCUAUUUCCCAAACCGAUUGUAUUCCUGCGUUGAAAUCUUGCAUGGAAAGCCAUCGGGAACUUGUGGCAACAGCAUGUGAGACGCUCAGUAGACUCUUCAAGUGUCAACAUGAUUCACUCAUACGGCAAUCGUUGGAAUGUCAAUUGAUUCCAUAUCUUUUGGGUUUACUGGAAGGCCGUAUUGAAUCCGCCACGAACCCGGCAAUGGUGAAGGCACAGAUUGUAGCCGCAUUGAAGGCCAUGACAUCGAACUUGACGUACGGCGAUCGAGUGGCGCAUAUCCUGAACCAAAAUCCCGUCUGGGCAGAAUAUCGUGAUCAGAAGCACGAUCUAUUUAUCACAGAUACCAACAUUAGGGGCUAUCUGACAGGAGCCCCGAAUACCACCGCUGGAUAUUUGACUCAGGGUCCAGCAAAGAACGUAGAAGUGCUAACUUCACCGCCACCAAUGGAUCGUGAUGAUCCACUGUUUUCACGUAGCAGCAGUAACGAUUCGUAAGUAUCGUUGACGAUGUUCGUUUCUAUCCCAUCUUUCUACAAGCACUUGUGGCCAGAAUAGGUAGACGUAACAUGUCCCACACACUAAACAACUUCGAACCAGGGUCGCCAUUUCGUCUAAUAGUUUAUAACUCCGUAAAUGAACUGAUAAACAUAAUGGCUAGCUAGCAUUGAGAAAAGAGUAACUGAAAAAGAUCUAAUAGUGACAUGCGCAUUAUUAAACAAGUAAUGAUUUGUAAUAUAUCACCAUCAACAAAUAGCUUAUAAAGUAUAACUACAAAAUAUAUGAAUAAGAUACUGGAUUUUUAUUAUAUUGUGAUAUUUUUAAAAUGUAAUUUAUAUAUAGAAGUCACAAUAACGUCAGAAGGAAAAUAAAAUAAAUACAAA